AUGCGCACACGUCUAUCUGAUGACCUUCAGAAAAUUGAUGACCCUCGCAAGACUGCAGUGAUCAAUAAUAAGCUAAAUAGACUGAACAUUGAAACGGACUUCCGGACAGUGGAAGAACAAUACACAUUCUUCUGGCAGGUGAGAGGAGUCGAUGAAUGCAGGGAACACUUAAUUGGAUUCCUUGUCAAGAACACCCUACUCCGUAUGAUUGAAACUCUAGCAGGUGGCACAGAGAGACGUCUCAUUCCUCGCCAUAUGAAGAUCCAUUUCUUACAAGCAUACAUAUGUAAAUUUCGGUACAUCUAUCUAUCUAUUUAUAUAACUAUGUAUCUAAUAUCGGUCGAUCGAUCUAUAUCCUUCAUUUCAUAUCUAUCUAUCUAUCUAUCUAUCUAUCUAUCUAUUACCCACUUUUCAUAUCUAUCUAUUUAUUUCUCUCUGUUCAUAUCUAUCUAUCUAUCUCUUUUCAUAUCUGUUUACUAUUUAUCUAUCUCCCUCUUUUCAUAUCUAUCUAUAUCUAUCUAUCUAUCUAUCUCUGUUCAUAUCUACCUAUCUCUUUUCAUAUCUGUUUACUAUUUACCUCUCUUCCUCUUUUCAUAUCUAUCUAUCUAUCUAUCUAUCUUCAUAUCUACCUAUCUCUUUUCAUAUCUGUUUACUAUUUACCUCUCUUCCUCUUUUCAUAUCUAUCUAUCUAUCUAUCUAUCUAUCUAUCUAUGUUCAUAUCUACCUAUCUCUUUUCAUAUCUGUUUACUAUUUACCUCUCUUCCUCUUUUCAUAUCUAUCUAUCUAUCUAUCUAUGUUCAUAUCUACCUAUCUCUUUUCAUAUCUGUUUACUAUUUACCUCUCUUCCUCUUUUCAUAUCUAUCUAUCUAUCUAUCUAUCUAUCUAUUUCUCUCUCUGUUCAUAUCUAUCUAUCUAUCUCUUUUCAUAUCUUUUGUUUUCUAUCUGUCUAUUUCAUUUUGUAUCUAUCUAUCUAUCUAUCUAUCUAUCUAUUGCCAUAUUUAUUCUUCAUUAACUAUCUAUCGUCCUAUGAUAUCACUCAUAUCGUAUUUAUCCAGAGACUGA